GAAGAAAACUACACUUCCCGUCAUGCCCGCGGGAAUGACGCUAUUAUACUGCUAUGUGUGUCUGGAUGUCACUAGGGUGGGAGAGCUUUACUAAGGGGGUCUUGCUGUGACUCGGGUGAUUGGGGGUAACAGAGAGGUUGCUUGCAAUCCUUGCCAUUGCAUCACUAGGGGAGGGGACCCUGCAUGCAGGUUAUGGAUCAGAGCCCAUGUGAGCUAUUGGAAGCUGCCCAUGUAUUCCAAUGAUAGGGAUUGAGGGUCAUUGCAUGGAGUGGGAGCUAACUAUCUGUAUAGCAGGCAUUGGGGAGGCAGCCUUGCUUUAGGGGAAUUAUGUAGACUCAACAUGAAUGUUAGAAAUAUAAAGUGCUUUAUCUAACAGCACACAUAACUGCUAUGGUCAUGCACAUUGCACAUUAUUGUCAGGUGACUUUCAGUGUGUGUAUACCUGUAGUGAAUAAUUCCAUGGUGACUUGUAACAUUUUUUUGAUUGACCGAUUUGAUAGGAAUUUUGAGACUAAGGGAAUGGCAGCUGUGGUUUAAUCUUGUGGUUCAGGCGUGUAUUUGUGCAGGGGUGUUUUGCUGCUGUUAAAGUGUUGUCACAUGGCUACUGUUGCCAAAUAUUCUACAAUCCACAGACCGCUACACCAAUAGGAAUUAUUGUUUAUAAUUUCCUUGUCAGAUUAGGCGAGUACGUUUUAUUUACAGUAAUCUGGACAAAGUAAAUUUGCCUAAAUGAGAAAUGGAGGUUGAGUUUUGUAGAGAGGUACGAUACGUGACUUCAGCCGUCCAUCACUGAUCUGCCAUUUUGGGGGGACAGACAGAGCUUUAAGCAUGGCACUCCUGCGAGACUUCCCAGCUCAGAGUUCCAGAAUGGAUCCAGAGCGCCUCUUCACCAAGUUAGAGGGCAUUGGGAAGGGUUCAUUUGGAGAAGUGUAUAAGGGCAUCGAAAACCGGAGCAAAGAGGUAGUUGCUAUUAAAAUCAUUGACCUGGAAGAAGCCGAGGAUGAAAUUGAGGACAUACAACAAGAAAUCACUGUGCUGAGCCAGUGCGACAGUCCAUAUAUCACCCGCUAUUAUGGCUCCUACCUCAAGGGGUCGAAGCUGUGGAUUAUUAUGGAGUAUUUAGGUGGGGGAUCUGCUUUGGAUUUGCUCAAGCCUGGACCCCUGGAGGAGUCCUAUAUUGCUACUAUACUUCGGGAGAUUCUUAAGGGUUUGGACUACUUGCACUCGGAGAGAAAGAUCCAUCGUGACAUUAAAGCUGCGAAUGUGUUGCUGUCAGAGCAGGGAGAUGUGAAGUUGGCUGAUUUUGGCGUUGCUGGUCAGUUAACAGACACUCAGAUAAAGCGAAAUACAUUUGUGGGCACUCCAUUUUGGAUGGCACCAGAAGUCAUUAAACAAUCAGCCUAUGACUUUAAGGCUGAUAUCUGGUCCCUGGGAAUCACAGCCAUUGAGUUGGCUAAAGGAGAACCCCCAUACUCUGAUCUACACCCUAUGAGAGUAUUGUUCCUGAUUCCUAAGAAUAACCCCCCAUCUCUUCAGGGACAGCACAGCAAACCAUUUAAAGAUUUUGUGGAUGCCUGUUUAAACAAAGACCCCCGCUCAAGACCUACAGCUCGAGAACUGCUGAAGCAUCGCUUUAUACUAAGGUAUACAAAGAAAACCUCAUUCCUCAUGGAGCUGGUAGAAAGAUACAGGCGCUGGAAGUCCCAGGGUCAAUCUGACGAGUCUGACUUGGAUAGUGAAGAUGAAAUAGAAAAUCCAAAUCCGAUGCCGCACUGGACCUUCCCAGAAACCAUGCGGCCCUCAUCUAUGAGCAGAAUGCAGUGGGAAUAUCCGGAGCAGCCUUUGGAAAUGAUUAAACGCCUGCCUCGGUCACACUGUCUGUCGGCCCUGGUAACCCCGGUCUUUCAGGAGUUAAGGGAGCAGCGAUGCGCGGGGGCAUUUGGAUCUGUGCAGGAGUUAGAAAAUGCCUUCAGUUUGGCUGAGGAGUCGAGUCCUGGGAUCACUGAUGAACUCAUAUCUAACUUGGUUCAGCGAGUGCAAAGGUUCUCUACUGCACAAUGAAACCAUGCUACUACUGCGCAUGUGCAUCCAUUUUCAUGUCCCAUGUUAUUAUGGGACAAUACUGUGAUAGAAAUGACAUUCACACCAUGGCAUUACUUCUGAAGUGUUGUGUUCAUUAUUUUUAUGAAGAAAAUUGUAAUAGUGUUUACUGAUUGUUCUCAUGAGCCAGUAUGUUAUGUAAAAAAGAAA